AUGGGAGGGGCUGCCGCUCGUGGCCCUCUCUUUCAAUUCACCAUGCAACCUAUGGGUCGACGACGCCGCUGGCGUGAUGUGGUGGAGCGGGCGCAAUUCAAUGCGCAAUUACGGCAGUUGCGGGAUCCUGUCCCUGGGGACAAUAUUGGUAUGGCCUUGACCGAAGCGCUCCAUCAAGCCAUUGAAACAGAACUCGGUCGCGAGCAGCGACCUGCGCAUCAUUUUGUGAAUUUUGCCAUUACAGCGCAUGGGUUCACCCACGCUUAUCAAACAGCCAAUUUUACCGUGGGGAAGUUUUUACAACGCACGGCUCGUUUGGAUGAGAUGUUAGCCACGUUGGCUGGCAAGUUGAAUAGCAAUGAAGCCUUCAACCCCGAUCGCGGUUUCCAAGUGGAUGUGGUGUUUGUCUCUAUGCCCGGCCCAGGGUCCGGUCGACGCAAAGAACACAAUGCUGGACGUUUAUGCCUGGAUCGAGAAAACAAGAAAAAACAAUGCAUUAUUACCAUCAAAAACAAAGAUGCCCUAUGCUGUGCUCGCGCUAUCGUCACCAUGCGAGCUCAUUGCUAUAAAGAUCAAGGCGUGGACGGGUUUCGCGACUGGGACAAUCUUAAACGUGGUCGUCCUCUUCAGCAACGUCAAGCUCAGGCCCUCCGCAAGUUUUACGGCGACCAUUGCCUUCGUCAUCAUGUGGUCAGCAAACAAUGUCAAUCCAUUAAAGUGUGUCUCAAGUGUCAAGCUCAGUAUAACGUCCUCCCUAACAAACGUCACCAGUGUGGGUACGCCAAGUGUCCUGUGUGUCAAGAAUGGGUGCCCAUUCAAUACCACAAGUGUUACAUUCAGCCCGUGGUCGAGAAUGAGGAAGAACCCACAGAGGAGGGGGGAGGUAGCAUGGUGGCGCCACCCCCACCCCUGUUUGUUUACGCCGAUUUUGAAGCCAUGCAGAAUGCAGAAGGAGUGUUUGUGGCUAAUUUGUUAUGUUAUUCGUCUAGUGAAGAAACCACUAUUCAUGUGUUGGAAGGGGAGGACUGUGCCCUACAAUUUUUUCGCGAUUUAGAUGAUCUCACCGAGGUCCCGGACAGGGAGAGUGAGCGGACCAUUCUCGUGGUGUUUCAUAAUUUGAAAGGCUUUGAUGGCAUGUUUAUUCUGCAUGAACUGUACCAGCAACAACGCGAAGUGGCGGAUCAACUGACGGUGGGCGCCAAAGUGUUGUCUUUCAGGAGUGGAGCGGUCAAAUUCAUUGACUCGUUAUGUUUCCUACCCAUGCCACUGGCCUCGUUUCCCAGCACCUUCAAUUUGACCGAAUUAAAGAAGGGCUUCUUUCCACAUUUGUUUAAUACCCCGGAUCAUCAACAGUAUGUAGGCCGCAUCCCCGAUUUGGAAUUUUAUGAUCCUGAGGGCAUGAUGGCCAAAAAGAAAGACGAACUGACGCGUUGGCAUGCCGACCAAGUCCGUCGUAACGUGCGGUUUGAUUUCCGUCAAGAAAUGAUGGACUAUUGCAAAUCAGAUGUGGCUCUGUUGAAAGCGGGGUGUGAAGCGUUUCAGCAAGAAUUUGAAUGGCAGGCUGGUUUCAACCCCAUGGCCAAAUGCAUUACGAUUGCCAGUGCCUGCAAUCUGUAUUGGCGCAAGCACCAUUUGACCCCCGACACCAUUGCUGUCGAACCGCUUGGGGGAUGGCGAGGCGCCCAAGUCAACCAAUCCCUCAAGGCCCUGCAAUGGCUGUAUUACCAAGAACACCUCCUUCCCAAAGAGGGGGCUAGUGCCGAUCGCAUUCGUCAUGUUCGUAACGGAGGCGAGCAGUUUGUCCGGACCCUCGUGAACAGUUAUUUCGUCGAUGGUUACGAUCCUCUGACCCGAACCGUCUACGAGUUCCACGGUUGUCUCUAUCAUGGCUGUCCCACUUGUUAUCCCAUGAGAGAUGUCAAACNCAAUUUUUUCGCGAUUUAGAUGAUCUCACCGAGGUCCCGGACAGGGAGAGUGAGCGGACCAUUCUCGUGGUGUUUCAUAAUUUGAAAGGCUUUGAUGGCAUGUUUAUUCUGCAUGAACUGUACCAGCAACAACGCGAAGUGGCGGAUCAACUGACGGUGGGCGCCAAAGUGUUGUCUUUCAGGAGUGGAGCGGUCAAAUUCAUUGACUCGUUAUGUUUCCUACCCAUGCCACUGGCCUCGUUUCCCAGCACCUUCAAUUUGACCGAAUUAAAGAAGGGCUUCUUUCCACAUUUGUUUAAUACCCCGGAUCAUCAACAGUAUGUAGGCCGCAUCCCCGAUUUGGAAUUUUAUGAUCCUGAGGGCAUGAUGGCCAAAAAGAAAGACGAACUGACGCGUUGGCAUGCCGACCAAGUCCGUCGUAACGUGCGGUUUGAUUUCCGUCAAGAAAUGAUGGACUAUUGCAAAUCAGAUGUGGCUCUGUUGAAAGCGGGGUGUGAAGCGUUUCAGCAAGAAUUUGAAUGGCAGGCUGGUUUCAACCCCAUGGCCAAAUGCAUUACGAUUGCCAGUGCCUGCAAUCUGUAUUGGCGCAAGCACCAUUUGACCCCCGACACCAUUGCUGUCGAACCGCUUGGGGGAUGGCGAGGCGCCCAAGUCAACCAAUCCCUCAAGGCCCUGCAAUGGCUGUAUUACCAAGAACACCUCCUUCCCAAAGAGGGGGCUAGUGCCGAUCGCAUUCGUCAUGUUCGUAACGGAGGCGAGCAGUUUGUCCGGACCCUCGUGAACAGUUAUUUCGUCGAUGGUUACGAUCCUCUGACCCGAACCGUCUACGAGUUCCACGGUUGUCUCUAUCAUGGCUGUCCCACUUGUUAUCCCAUGAGAGAUGUCAAACAUUAUGCAGUGCCGGAUAGAAGCGUCGAGGAACUGUAUCAGGCCACGCUCUCUAAACGCAUGGCUCUGCUCCGAGCGGGUUACACGGUCAUCGAAAUGUGGGAAUGUGAGUGGGACCGACUGGUCGACUAUGAGCCCGCUGUAUCUCAGUUUCUGGCUUCGUUUGAUCUGGUGGCUCCCCUGGAACCUCGCGAGGCUUUUUUUGGGGGACGCACCGGUGCGGUGGCCCUGCACGCCGUGGCUGGGGAGGGGGAGGACAUACGUUAUGUGGAUGUGACCUCCUUGUACCCAUGGGUGAACAAGAACUGCCCUUACCCUAACGGUCAUCCCAAGAUCAUCACCCAACCUGCCGACCAGUCCCUGGCGUCUUAUUUUGGUAUUGCUACGGUGGAUAUUCUACCCCCGGCUGGUCUGUUCCACCCGGUCUUGCCUGUACGCAGUGGUCAAAAGCUCACCUUUCCUCUCUGCCGUGCCUGUGUCCAGUCAGAGCAAGCCCAACCCAUGUUGACUAGAACCCAGUAUUGCCCUCAUUCAGAGGCGGAUCGCACGCUACGUGGGACCUGGUGCACGCCCGAGUUGGUCAAAGCCGUGGAAAAAGGGUACACCCUCAUCAAGAUCCACGAAGUCUGGCAUUUUCCCCCCGAGCAACGCCAAACGGGUCUUUUCGCUGAUUACGUCAAUACUUGGCUCAAGUUGAAACAAGAGUCCGCGGGGUGGCCCAGCUGGUGUCAGACCCUCGAGCAGAAACGAGAGUAUAUUCUCCGCUACCAAGAGCGGGAGGGGAUCCGACUUGAUAUCAGUAGCAUUGUCAAAAAUCCCGGUCGCAAAGCCACAGCCAAACUCAUGCUGAAUAGCUUCUGGGGCAAGUUUGGGGAGCGGAUCAACAAACCCACCACCGUCAGUGUCAGGGACCCCGCCCAUUUGUUCAGCCUGAUCUCUGAUGCAGCCCUCGAUCUCAGUACCCUCCGUCUCUGUACCGACGACAUCUUGGAAGCCGUUUACACCAGUGUCCAAGACAAUGCCGUCAAAGGCACCAAAACCAAUAUCUUUGUGGCGGCGUUCACCACGUGCCAUGCUCGAUUGAAGCUCUACGAGUCCCUGGACACCCUCCAGCAGCAAGUGCUUUACUACGAUACCGAUAGUGUGAUUUACCGAUGGCGUCCAGGUCAACCCUCCAUUACCACGGGCGAUUUUCUGGGGGACAUGACGGAUGAAUUGGACGGAGAUGUCAUCACCGAGUUCGUUUCGGGGGGCGCCAAGAAUUAUGGGUACACGACUCGCGCUGGCAAAGUGGUGUGCAAGGUCCGCGGUUUCACCCUGAACGUCCGCGGCUCCGCCAUUCUUAAUUUUCACACCAUGAAAGAGAACAUUCUCUCGGAACUAGACUCGCCUCAGGACUCUCGCCGGAAUUUGAACAUUACCACGCCUUAUCAUUUCGCACGGGAUCUAGAGAAGAAACAAAUUCAAGUGGUUCCGCGCGUGAAGCAGUAUGGGUUGGUGUUUGACAAGCGUAUCAUUGAUGUGACCACCCGGUCGAGCUAUCCCUAUGGCUACGAGAGGAUUGGGGACGAACUUGAUUUGUUAUUAGAUUUGUAA